CUGCUGGGGUGGGUGGAAGGAAAGGAGUUGCCGCCCCUCCCUCUGGGGUGAUGAACUUCCGGCAGGUGACGGAGCACUUCCGGGUCAGGGCUUCAGGGAAACCGAGUGGGGGCAGCGGCCGCCUCGAGCCCGGCGCUCGGUGAGUGACCGUUGGCCGCUCGCUGACGUGGUGGGGCCGGCGGUGCGGUUUCUCCUCCCGCUGCCACCGGCGGUUCCUCCCGCCUGCGUGUGCCCCGGGCCGGGCGGCUGUGCCCCCCGGGGUGCCUGAGCUUCUCCCGGGUGCCGCGGGCAGCGUGACGGCGUGGGCGGGACUCGCGUGACAGGCCCAGGCACGUCCCAAAGGAGGCCCCUCUCGGCCCGACCCGCUGCUCUGUCGGCUCGGCCCAUCCGGCCGCGGUUGCCUGAGCUCCGUGCGCCACAAGGCGCAUGCUGCUGUUUGGCUGUAGCCCAAGUCGAGCAGGAGCCAAGAGCUGGCAUGGGCCCGGACUGCCAUUGGCUGGGAAGGGCUGGAGCCGCUGGCUGCAUCUGCCUUGGUCAGAGGCGUGAACUGUCAUAGGCGACAGCACACUUCUGUGAUUCCCGACUGGGCCACGGCAUCCUGGGCUUCCUGGAGGCCCUUUCCUGGCUGCCACGGCACCGUUGAGUGUGCAGACGUGAUUCACAGGAGAUUUUAGGAAUCCGUAGCAUUAAAAAGCUGCCUAGCUGUGGUCUUCCUGAGCUCUUUGCAGCAGAAGACUUGCUGUGCUCUUUUUCUCUAGUCAGAAAACAAGUGCAAGCGGAGAGCUGGCGUUGCCGGAGGGCUGCCUUGAGUCUAAAAAGGUUGAGACCCUCUGACCUACUUCAUCAGGUACUGUGUCAGGCUCAUAGCCCCUGAUGAAGUCGGCUGUCACCUCUGAACACCUGUGCUCCUCUGAGCUAGUUAGCUGCUAGGCUGCCCUGCCUUCUGCCUGGCAUCAGACUGACGCAGCUAACUGCCUCUCCCUGCCUGUCCGUGUGUCUGUUCCAGGCAGCAUGUCUGUCUUCCGCUCGGGCCUGCUGGUGCUCACAGCCCCGCUGUCUGCCUUGUCCCCACGCCUUGCGCCCAUCCUGGCCUCAGCCUCCCGGAUUGUGGAGGACACGCUCUACAUUCACCUGCAGCCAGGGCUCAGUCUGACAGGCUCGUCACAACCCAAGUCCACCUAUGUGCCAGCCACGUGUGAAGUCUACAACGUCAUCAACAAGCUGUAUGCGGAUGCUGACGCUCAUGGCCACUUGGACGUGCGGGUCCUGUUGACCAACAUCCGCAACCAGAGCCUGGCGCCACAGUCACUGUCCUCGGUGCAAAAUCUCUCCCACCCACCUGAGGUGGUCCUGACUGAUUUUCAGACCAGCGAUGGGGGCCAGUACAACCCCGUGAAGCAGCAGCUGGAGCGUUAUGCCACCAGCUGUUACAGCUGCCGGCCCAAUCUUAUCUCUGUGCUGCUGUACCCAGACUAUGAGCCAGGCACAGGAGAGGGGGAGCAGCCCUUGCAGAAACCAGACUGGGAUGGCAUGUUCCUGCACAGCUACAGUGACGUUGUUGUAGGAGGCACUUUUGAUAGGCUACAUAACGCCCACAAGAUCCUUCUGAGCACGUGCUGCAUGCUGGCUGAGAACCGGCUGCUUCUGGGCAUCUCUGACAAGAAUCUCCUGGAAAAUAAGCUGCUAAAGGAGCUAAUCCAGCCCUAUGAGAAGCGAGUGGAGAAGCUCUGUGAGUUCCUGGUGGACAUCAAGCCCUCUUUGCGUUAUGACACUGUGCCUCUGCUAGAUCCCUAUGGCCCAUCGAUAACGGACCCUGACCUGAAGUGUAUAGUAGUCAGUGAGGAAACUCGCAAGGGAGGGGUGGCCGUGAACAAGAAGAGACUGGAAAAUAAAGACUUGGACCUCCCUUCUUGCCCAUAUGUGAUUGGUCUGACUGGAGGCACAGGAAGUGGAAAGAGUUCCAUUGCCAGGCACCUGGAGCACCUUGGAGCCUACCUGGUUGAUGUCGACAGGCUGGGCCAUGAGGCAUAUGCCCCUGGAGGCCCUGCCUAUGGGCAGGUGGUGGAGGCAUUUGGAGCAGACCUGUUGAAUGAAGAUGGAACGAUUAACAGGAAAGUCCUUGGAGCCAAAGUGUUUGGGAACCAGGAACAGCUGAAGUCUCUCACAGACAUUGUGUGGCCUGUGAUUGCCCAGAUGGCGAAGAAGCAGAUCAACGAGGCAGUUGUUCAAGGUAAGGCUGUGUGCGUGUUGGAUGCUGCUGUGCUGCUGGAGGCUGGCUGGUCAGACAUGGUCCAUGAAGUGUGGACAGCCAUCAUCCCAGAGACGGAGGCUCUGAGUCGCAUCAUGGCCAGGGAUGGGCUGAGUGAGGAGGCAGCUCGGAGCAGACUGCAAAGCCAGCUGACUAACAGUCAGAGGGUGGAGCAAUCGCAUGUUGUGCUGUGUACUCUGUGGGAGCCUGAAGUCACCCACAGGCAGGUGAGAAUCAUGGAACUGUAUCAUCUUGGUGGGAGGUGGCCAGUGGUGUCCUGCAGGGUUCAGUGUUUGGCCCCGUGCUGUUCAACAUCUUUAUCAACAAUUUAGAUGAGGUUGUGGAAAGCACACUGGCCAAGUUUGUGGAUGAUACUAAGUUGCAGGGAAAAGUGGUUACGCUAGGGCAGGGGUUCUCAAUCCCUGGGCUGCAGCCCAGUACUGGCAAACUGUGGCUCCUUUUGCCCGUGGUAGUGUAGGGUUUGGCCCACCCCCUGACCAGGAUGUGGGGGUAUUUUUACUUGUCUUCGGGUCAGAAAUUCCAGCCACAGUAGUCUGUGACUGUUGGGCUGCGGUUUGCCAGGCCACAGUUGCUUCCAGGCUGUGUUUUGCCGGGCCGUGGCAUAAAAACUUUGGGAACCCCUGUGCUGUGGGAUAGGAUGCGGAUCCAAGUGGACCUGGACAAGCUAGAAAGGUGGGUGAAGCAGAAUCGGAUGCAGUUCAAUAAAGAUAAAUGCAGAGUGCUUCAUCUAGGGAGAAGUAACCAGCAACAUGAAUAUAGGUUAGGAAGAGAUGUCCUGGUCAGCAUGCUGGCUGAAAGGGACCUUGGGGUUAUGGUUGACCACAGAAUGAACACGAGCCACCAGGGCAACACUGUAAUCAACAGAGCUAAUAAUAUACUGGGAUGCAUUAGCCUUUGUAUUGCAAGCAGGGCUAAGGAAGUGAUACUUCCUCUCUACUUGGUGCUAAUGAGACCCCAGCUGGAGGACUGUGUCCAGUUCUGGGCACCACGUUUCAAAAAAGACAUGGAGAAUCUUGAAAGGGUCCAGAGAAUGGCCACAAGAAAGAUUAAGGGCCCGGGACGUCAUUCUCCCCUUGUACUCGGCCUUAGUGAGGCCGCAGCUAGAGUACUGCAUCCAGUUUUGGGCUCCACACUUCAAAAAGG